AUGUCCAGCAGCAAUUUUAACGAGAUGAACGAACUAAAUAUGACUCAAACGAAUUAUGGCAGCACAAAAUAUACCGCUCAGCAUCAUCAAGGUGUAAUAAAUGCCAUCAUCUCUUCGCUUACAGCCCCAGAUCAACCAACCACCGUGUCAUUGCAGUACUCCAACGAAAAGAACAUGGCGACGGAAAUACAAGCUUAUGCAAAAUUAUCCGGACCCAACUGGACCUAUUAUGUGAAGGAUUUAGAAGUCUCCAUUGGCAGGAACACUGAUCCCCUGAAUAGCGCAUUACAGGAAAAUUCAGAUGGCGUAAAGAGCUCAUACAGAGUGAAUAUUGAUCUUGGGCCAGCCAAAGUCGUCUCUAGGAAACAUGCCAUAAUAAAAUAUAACAUGAAUAUAGGUGGUUGGGAAUUGCACAUAUUGGGCCGUAACGGCGCUAAAGUGAACUUCCAAAGGACUCAUAAUGGACCCAAUAAUCCUCCUAUUCGAUUGUCUUCGGGAACCCUACUGGAUAUAGGAGGAACACAAAUGAUGUUUAUUCUACCCGAUAGCGACCCAGUUGUUGCUCCUAUUUGUAUAGAGCACCUGAUGCCUAAUUUAAUAAAUAUGUUUGGAUUAGAAGGCAACAACAACCCUUUGCUAAGAGACAUUAUAAAACAAUCUAAUUAUGCGAAGCAAAGGCAAUUAACCUCUAAUCAACAAAUUAAAGGGUUCAAGCUUUAUGGAAGUGGUGGCAAUGCCCCUUUUGGUAAUGGAUCAAACUUGAGCUCUAACGAACAGGGCAUCUUCAACAAUAAUAACAGUAAGAACAAAAAUGGCUACUUUACAUCCAUCAACCCCAACUAUACAGCGUCUGCAACAGGCAAUACCGUCAAUCCACAAGUGGCAUCUCCACAGGGUCCUUCAAAUACCAUUAUUGCCGCAAAUUUUGUUGAUUCGUACAAAUCAGCGAAUGCCUAUCCUCAAGCCUUGGAUUUUACCUCCGAUCUAUCCCAUGACGAAAACAGAAACGUUAAACCGCCUCAUUCAUACGCGACCAUGAUAACACAGGCCAUACUGUCGUCGCCGGAGGGAGUCAUUUCAUUAGCGGACAUCUACAAAUAUAUCUCUUCCAAUUAUGCCUACUACAGGUUUGCUAAGUCCGGCUGGCAAAACUCCAUUAGGCAUAAUUUAUCAUUAAACAAGGCAUUCGAAAAAGUUCCAAGAAGACCCAAUGAGCCAGGCAAAGGUAUGAAAUGGAGGAUUAGCGAAUCCUACCAGCAAGAAUUUCUAAAUAAAUGGAACACAGGUAAAGUGGGGAAAAUUAGACGUGGAUCUUCAGUGGCAAGGCAAUUACAGUUACAUAUGGCAAAGUUUAACACUUUACCCAUGGAAAUGGACUAUAGGUUAUCACUCAACAUGGCACAACCACCUAAACGACAACUGCAAUCUCACAAUGUCCUGGAAUCAUCCAAUAAUAACAUCAUAGAGGGGUUCGUACCACAUGUCCCACCACAAGGUAAUCUUCCUCCACCGCAACGAUCACAACCCCCUGUGUCACAUCAACCACAACCACAGGAACAACACCAAGAGAUUCAAUUUACAUUCACGGAUACGCAGAAUCGAAGUAUAGCGUUAGCGAGACCUAUCAAGACGCCACAAUUGCAAGCCCCCAAUUCCAACUCAAAUGCUGACUUAAAUCCAAACAACAUGAAGGAAUACAAAGAAUCACUUCACCCGCCUGCAAUAUCAAUAUCACAAAUGAAUAGGCAAUCUCCAAACAACGCUCUAGUCUCGUUUACUAAUGCAUGUGCUAAUUCCAAAAUAAUAAAUAACAUAAGCGAUAGCACCAACAAACCGACUAACAAUGGUAGUGGGAGUAAAAUGAAUCUACCUGCUAUAUCUACUUCUUCACCUGACGAAAAUGGUAAUUCAGAGCCAACAACAACCACGUCCUCCGGAAAUUCUAACCCAGUGCCGCAGACUGGAAUAACGAAUUCUUCACUGGCAGCGAACAACCUACGCCUUUCUCAACCCUAUGAUACACUAUUACGGUCUCCGACUAAAGCAUUCCAUAUUACUGCGAUGGAAGCAUAUACGCCAGAAAGAGGCAGUGCUAACAGGGCCAGGUCACCCCUUCAUAGUAAUAGCAAUAAUACUAAUAAUAACAAUGCAAAUAACGCUAACUUACAGACUAACGGAAUGGAAAACAAACAAACGGGCAUCGUGCUGGAUUCCAAUGUCUUGAAAAGCAUGGAAUCAAAUAACGAUAACAGACGGCUGACUCCAUCAACGAGUAAGUCACAGAAUGUCAAAAGUUCUCCAGGUGUAUGGAAUUUAUUGCAAUUUAGUUCAACAAACAACACUCCGGCCGCAGACAACGGAGGCAACAAGAGAGGAUUCUCCAUAAAUCAGGAUACUAAAGCCAAUGAAAACGAGAAUGCUGCUUCAGAAAAAGAUUCGGACUCCAACUCAAAUGAUCUGGAAACAAAAGAUAUUAAUUCUUCACCUUUGAAAAACCAAGGCGGUAGCGCCGCUAAUGCCAAAGAACUAAUAUUAGAUACGGAUGGCGCAAAGAUAAGUAUUAUCAACAACUAA